AUGGACCCUCGCAAGAGGAAGUCUUCAGGUCUCGGUGACGAUUCCGCUGGCGAGAGCUCGGCGACCAGAGUCAGAGAGGCCCAAUACACUCGCGCGCAGGACAUCCACCGCAUGGCGCAGAGCAUGCCUGAGAGCUCUUACCCCAAUGCGCAGGGUCGAUUUCAGUCCGGGCCAGACCAUGCACCAAGAAUCACACCUGACGAAAUGCAGGACGUCAUAAACCAAAGCUUACAAUCGCCUCUCGCAUUGACGUACUACAACCGGUUGGGCGCAACGCCUCUCGAGCAGGUUUCGUUGGAUGCGACGCCUCUUGAGCAGGUAUCGGCCCAUGAUCUUGCCCAGACGCUGCUCAAUCGCAUGGCAAGCGGUCAUAUGUUAAAGCAGGCGAUGCGCGAGCGUCUGCAUGAAAUGACAAGGCCUGAACCAAGCGCCCUUCAACCGCCUACGAUUCCGGAGCUGCAAAGUCAGAUGUAUGCGCCGACGUACUCGUUCCCAUCAUCUGGAAGUAUCAGCGCCAUACCUCAAGUAGUCAUGGCGAAUUCCGCAGUGGAGACGAAUACACAGAUCCCCGGUCAGAUGUAUGCUUCUCAAAGCAAUAGCGCGAUACCUCCAGCGUUUACGAUGACCACGCCAUUGGCAAAUCAGCCGCAAUUUCCCACUUAUCCAUCUGGGAAUCCUGGUCACCCGCUACCUCAAGGAUCCAAUACCCCGAAUGAUUCUCCUAUGGCGAUGACAGCAUUAACUGGCUGUCAAGAUACCUCAACAAUAGCACCCGUUGAUCCACGUGGCACGUGCCGAUUCUGCAUCACUCAUCGCAAGUUGUGGCGACAAUGGAAUGCAUGCUUCUGUCGGCGACCGUAUGAAUGGAAAUGUGGACACGAGCACCCGCAUUGA